AUGAGCACCUUCCCCCACACCGUCUUCACAAUUCCAUCCACACGCUCUGGCGUCCCACACCCAUACUCCUGUCCCUCCAGCCGCUCCUCUCAACGUUCCGUGGCAACCCGCUCCCAACCACCCUCUUGCGGCCCAUCACCCCCUCCACAACACUUGCCCGGAAUGGAACCGGAGCCAACCACUGCCGCUCUCCUCAAGGCUAUCCUCAACCUCACCAACCAAGUUGGGUCCUUGCAGGCCCAAAUAUCAUCCCAAGGACAACAGCUUGCAGAGCUCAAAGCCAUAUGCAAGGAAACCAACAACCUUGUUGGUGACAAAGACCAGGGCGGAGCCCAAACCAAGCCUGGCCCAUCGACUGGGCCUGUCACCCCUCCUACCCACUCAGGGGGGGAAGCUCACACUCCAGGCACGGUUAGGCCUGGGCUCAAAGCCCCAUUCCGCCCCUCAAGAGGAACAGGUUUUGACUUGGAGGACAAAGAACCAAGGCUCCCCAAAAAGGAGCCUCAAGGAACACCUAGAAGGCACUUGGGAUCUCUCACCCCCUUUGACGCAGGGUCCAGCGUAAAACAACCCAAGAUGGAUCUCCCCGACCCCUAUAAGGCUCUCCAUUGCAAUCAGUUUGACAAGGAAGAGCAGAUGGUUGUGUGGAUUUUAUACCACAUGACAGACAAGGCCGCCAACUGGGCCCUCCCCAUCAUUGGGAAUAUCAUCAAGGGCAAGGGUAACCCUCCUACCACCAUCCAGGCCCUAACAGCCAAAUUCAAGGAAGCCUUUGCCGAUCCCAACGCCAAACAGGCUGCCGCCAGAAAAAUUGCGGCUCUUUCCCAAUCCACCACCACCUCCAAGUACGUCACGGAGUUCCGCAAUCUCAUGGCGGAGCUAGACUGGAACAAGGAGGCCUACAUUGCGCAGUUCAUGCAGGGCCUCCACUGGAAGGUCAAGGAACUGCUGUCUACCAAAGAUAGCAUCCCCAACAAUCUCAAAGCCAUCUUUGCGGCGGCAAUUAAAAUUGACAACAUCCGCUGCAAAAAUGAGGAAAACCAACCAAAGAAGGUUCCUGCCAAAUCCCCGGCCCCCACGGCCACCACCUCCACUACCACCACUCAACAGGUCCGAUUAUCAGAGGAUCCCAAUUACGUUACCCCGGAGGAAAGGGAUUGCUGCCGCGCGUCUGGCCUUUGUGUCAAGUGCGGUCAAAAAGGACAUGGCAUCAAACAGUGCCCUAAUGGUUGGAAGGCAACAAUCAAGGAGGUAGCCAAGCCCCCAACUCAGAAAACAGACAAUAUAGUAGAUAGCGUUGAAUUUGUAAAUCUUGGUCUAGACUCAAAUAAAAAACCGCUUCUUUUUAUCAAUAUAUAUAUCCAAAAUGUCCCGGCAGAACCCCUUAGAACCCUCAUUGACUCAGGAGCCACAUUGAAUUUCAUCUCCCCCUUGAUUGUGGAGAAAUACAAAAUCCCAAAAACCCAACUCAAAAAUCCACGAGUUGUGAGAAUGUUAGAUGGUACUAUAUCCCAGACUGGUUGCAUUUGGCACCAGGUUCACCUCACGGUUUUGGCCAACAGCCACCCCCACUCCAUUCCCUUUCUUGUCUGCCCCAUUGGCAACACCCCGGCAAUCCUUGGCAUGACUUGGUUAACAACAGAAGCUCCCCUUAUUGACUGGCAACAGGGACUGAUCACCUUCCCUGAACAAGCACAGAUUGCCUCUGAGGAAGAAGCAGACCUAGAUCCUUUGGCAGACCUCCCUCUUCAGUACCAUGAAUUUGCUAAAGUGUUUGGCAAGGAAGAAUUUAAGGUCCUCCCUCCACAUAGGGAGUAUGAUAUAUCCAUAGACCUUGUCCCGGAUGCUAAACUACCCCCGGGACCCUUAUAUGGCAUGACUGAUGCUGAAUCCAAGGCGCUCAAGCAGCACAUUGACAAAGAAUUAGCAACGGGCAAGAUCCGCCCCAGCACUUCUUCCACUGGCGCCCCAGUCAUGUUUGUUAAGAAGGCGGACAGAUCUCUUAGGCUGGUUGUGGAUUACUGGAAACUCAAUGAGGUAACCCACAAAAAUGUAUAUCCACUCCCAAGACAGGACAACCUUAUGGCAAAACUGAGACAUGCUAAGAUAUUCACAAAGCUUGAUCUACGCUGGGGCUAUAACAAUGUCAGGAUUAAGGAAGGAGACAAAUGGAAGACGGCUUUUAGAACAAAGUACGGGCUAUUUGAAUACCUGGUGAUGCCCUUUGGCCUUACCAAUGCCCCUGCCGCCUUCCAACACUUCAUGAACAACCUGUUCAGGGACCUCAUCAACGUCACUGUGGUUAUCUACUUGGACAACAUCCUGAUCUUCUCAGAGAACCCUAAGGACCACCCAACCCAUGUCAGGGAAGUCCUAUCACGGCUAAUGAGGAACCAGUUGUUCUGUAAACUCUCCAAGUGCCACUUCCAUGCCACCACGGUGGACUACUUGGGUAUUGUUAUUUCCCUGGCAGGCUUUUCCAUGGAUCAGAAGAAGAUUGAGGCGGUCACGUCAUGGCCAACCCCCAAAACAGUCAAGCAGGUCCAAGCCUUCCUAGGAUUUGUCAACUACCUUUGCCGAUUCAUCCCCAAUUUCAGUUCAGUAGCACGCCCUCUGCACAACCUUACCAGAAAGGAAACCCCCUGGUCAUGGGGCGACCUAGAGGAAGCAGCAUUUCAGGAGUUGAAGGUUCUGGUCACCAAGUUGCCGGUUCUCAUCCAUUCCAACCCAGAACUCCCCUAUUACCUUGAGACAGACGCCUCAGGGGUUGCCAUGGGAGCCAUCCUUAGGGCAGAAGGAAACUACAACACUCACAACAAGGAACUCCUGGCCAUCAUCAAGGCCUUGGAGGAAUGGCGUAUUUUCCUGGAAGCUACGGACAAGCCGGUUCAGGUAUUUACAGACCACCGCAACCUUGAGUACUGGAUGCAAGCAAGGACAUUCAAUCAACGGCAUGCUAGAUGGUGUGUAUUCCUGAGCGAUUUCAAUUUUGAAAUACAUUAUUGUCCAGGGAAGCAAUCAGGGAAGCCGGAUGCCUUGUCCAGACAAUCAGACUACGUUGACAACCCCCAAGAACCAGAAGUCAUGCUACUGCCAGAGGUUUUUGCAAAUACAGUAGAAGAGGAAUUAGAAAUUGUCACAGAGAUUUGCGCCAAGCUCAAGGAAGAUCCAUCACUGGAACCAAUUAUCAAGUUCCUUACUGAGGACGCAGACAACGCGCCCCCCUCAAUUAGGAAGGCCUAUAGGGACUAUGAUUGGGAAGAAGACUUGCUAUGGUACCGCGGGAAACUGGUGGUUCCGGACUCAGAACCCCUGAAAGAACAACUAUUGAGGGAAUUCCACAACUCCCCACUGGCAGGACAUCCAGGCCAACAAAGGACGCUUGAACUUAUCAGCAGGAGCUAUUGGUGGCCUGGAAUGAAAUCUUCUGCUAAGGAAUGGGUUGAAUGCUGUCCAGUUUGUCAAGCCAACCAACGCGCGCAUGCCCCAGCUAUCUCCCUGAAGCCCUUAGAAGUUCCCCCUUAUCCUUUCCACACCAUAUCCUAUGACUUCAUCACAGGUUUCCCCAAAUCCCAGGGACACAACGCCAUACUGGUUGUAAUCAAUUCCUUUUUGAAAUUUGGUCACUUCAUUCCCACCUCAAAAAAGGUCACAUCAAAGGGUCUAGCGGACUUAUUUGUCAACCAUGUCUGGAAAUUACAUGGGCUACCCAUAAAAACCAUCUCUGAUAGAGGUACCACGUUUACCGGGAAGUUCCUCAGGGCACUAUACCAACAACUUGGAAUUAAGCCUGCCUUCUCGUCGGCCUAUCACCCGGAAUCAGACGGUCAAACGGAAAGGGUCAACCAGUUCAUAGAGUUCUACCUCAGAUUGUAUGUGGCUGCAGAUCACUCAGAUUGGGCCACAUGGUUGCCACUGGCUGAAUAUGCAUAUAACAAUGCCAAGCAUUCUGCCACAGGAAAAACCCCUUUUGAACUAGUUUAUGGAAGAAACCUGGUAAUGAACCCAUCCAACGUCCCAGCAAACGUCCCAGAAGCAGACCUUGUAGCAGACACCCUUGCACAGGAGUGGAAGGAAGCAGAAUCCGCUUUAAAGAUGACAAAGGAAAGAAUGGCAGGAGUGAAAGGCACAACCCCAGAAUACUAUAUUGGGGAAAAAGUAUGGCUAGACGCAAAGAAUGUGGAGAUUCAAUCCAACUCCAACAAAUUAGACCCCAAGCGCCUAGGACCUUUUGAAGUCACCAAGAAGAUCUCAAGCCACGCAUACCGCCUAAAGCUCCCUGAGUCACUGAAGAUCCAUGAUGUUUUUUACGUAGGACUACUCUCCAAAAGCCACAAAUCACCAAACCAGCCAUUCCCAGAACGCCCUCCUCCUGAAACAAUAAGAGGAGAGGAAGAAUACAAGGUGGAACAGAUCAUAGAUUCCAAGAGGCAACAAGGGAAAUGGUUCUACCUAAUCAAAUGGAAAGGAUAUGGGCCAGAAGACAACUCCUGGGAACCAGAGGAACUACUGGAAAACAGUCAAGAGGAAAUCCGUUGCUUCAACAAGUCACAACUGAGAAAGGCUUGUGACUCCGCCAAGAGCCUUUAA